AUGGCAACCACAGCCAGCGCCAGUCCCCCAACAUUGGAUCUGGAGGCGCUGAUUCAGAGUCUGCCCGCAUGCAAGAGGUGCCGAGAGUGUCGCCGCGGCUGUGAUACACUCUUGCCAAAGUGCAGGCAAUGCACAAAAGCCGGAGUCGAGUGCAUGUUCUACGAUCACGGACGCAACGAAUUGCUGCCGCGAAGUUAUAUCAGUGGACUGGUGGAUCGUUUGCGCCGAUUAUCCAGCGAGCUUCCCUCGCCAACAGCCUCGACUGAUCCUGGGAUUCACAACGCAUUCGGUGUAAAUGUCAAGCACGACGCCUUUGCGCCAGACGUUGCACAGUACGAGCACCAUUUUGCAGAGGCUGGAAACAGCUAUCGCUAUCUGGGUGCAGAUUCGUGCCUAGUCAAGUUGCCCAGAUUGCACGCAACACAAGACAUACGCGGCGAGCGGGCUGACGACGAACUCGAUGACUGGCAAUGCAUGAACAAGGACUCUUCCGAAAAGCAACAUGAGCUCAAGCAAUUGUAUCUUGAGACUGUACAGCCUCUCUAUCCUAUUCUGGACCCAUCACUGCGUUACCUCCAGCCCGAACUACCCACCGAUCUCAAUUCGACCGAGCUAUUCUCUUUGUACAUGAUUUAUUCUAUCACAUGCUACAUUCUUCCCAACACGGGCAAAAAGCAUUCACAUAACCAAGGCUGGAGCCCUACAGGCAGGCUUGCCUAUCACCAAGCCAACUCAAUCAGAUAUCGUUCGUUGGCGACUCAAUACUUUGCCGACGCCAUGGAACACCUGGAACUAGCAACCUUAGAAACUAACAUUGACACACUCCGCUCCGUCUUACUCCUUGCCAUUAACAGCUUGUUUGAUCCGUUGACUGGUAAUAUCGGGCAGCAGGUCGCUCUCGCCGGGCGUCUAGCAUUCGACCUCGAAUCCAAGCGCGCCCUACAAGAACUUGAACCCAACGAUAUUGAAAUGUUACGAGCCAUGCAUAUGACAAUUUUCUGUCUCGAAAACCAACUCGCCUCAACCCUCGAUCGUCCCGCCUUAUUCCCAGAGCCCCCACAGGAAUCCGAACUCUGCUUCGACAAGAACAAGCCCUCCGAGUAUCUAUGCUCCCUAUAUCGCAUGCAGAACCGGUUUCGAAAGGGCGAUCUCACAGCCAAGGAAAGCGUAAAAAAGUUACUCCCGCUUUUUGAUGAAAAAGAUGAGUUAAUACCUGUCUUGCGCAUCUCACUGCACGCGACCCAUCUCCUGCUGAACCCCUGCUGGGGAAGCGCAUGGCAUGUCUUAGAAGCAGUAGUAAGCUGCGGCAGCAUCCACAUCUUCAUGACUCCAUACUGGGUUCACUAUGCGGGCACGGUACUGAUACAAAACAUGCCAUCCAUAUUCGGAGGUAAUUUGAUCCAACUCUACUCGAAUGCGCUGCUGGUGCUUGAGCUUUCCUCGUGGAAAUGGCCGAGUUCUGCGGCGUUGUCGGCGUCCUUGGUGGAUUUGAUGCAACAUAUGAAGACAAAGUAUCAGCCGGAUUGGUCAGAUAAGUUGCAGCACGGGGGUGUGAGGAUCUGA